GUUCAACAUGAGUUCAAGUUUUUGGCAUUGAUAUAUAAAGAGACAGACGUCGAGGCAUUGAGGAAUCUAGCUACAAAAUCAACAUAUAGGGCCUAGAGACGAAACAUGUUUUCUAUACUCGGCGCUCGUCGGCUAGUACUAGCCCAGAGACUGCAGGUACGUGAGAUGCACCAGAUCACUAAAACAAUCUCAAUCUGGAACAGAACCCGCGCAGCCGCUAAAUACAGUGCUGGUGUUUUUGGAGGAGUUGUGAUUGCUUCGUACGUGACUGCAAAUUUACUAGGAGAUACACUUCCAAAAGAAGCCAGCGCCCGUCCAUAUCACUGGAUUUCUCCCGAAGCGCACACUUUAAUUGCAAGAAGCUACGAGCGCCACAAUAAACUUGCAGAUCCUACAAAGGAGAAUCAGACCAAGCUCACUCCGGAGGAGAUGAAGAGAAAUAACAUUCAGUUAGAAUCUAUGGCUACUGACCUUUUAGCACAUUAUGAACCGAAAGGCGUGCGAGACAGGGUCUCAUAUGUGCUUAUGAGAAGCCUAGAGCAACUUAUGCACUUGUUUUUCCGAGAGAAAUACGAUCAUCACGCAGUAACGCUAGAAACUUUGGCGGCAGUGCCGGGUAUUGUGGCUUCAGCUUUUCGCCACGCCCGUUCGUUAAGGCUAAUGCAGGCAGACCAUGGAUGGAUUAAUCCACUACAAGAAGAGGCUGAGAAUGAACGCAUGCAUCUGCUAAUUUGGAUGCAGGUUACCCAGCCCACAUGGAUUGAGCGUCAGUUCGUGACCUUCAGCCAAGGUGCUUAUGCACUAAGCUAUGGUAUUUUGUAUGGAUUUUCGCCUGCCACGGCGCACAGAUUCGUUGGUUACUUGGAAGAGGCGGCAGUUACUGCAUAUUCGGAUUUCAUUACUGCAAUUGAUGCUGGUGCAAUUGAAAACAAGCCAGCACCAGUUAUCGCUCGAGAGUACUACAACCUACCCAAAGAGGCUACUAUCAGAGACGUAGCGCUCCGUGUCCGUGCAGAUGAGUAUAUGCACAGAGAUUUCAAUCACGAGCUGGGAGAUAUGCAUGAAAACGGCAACCAAAACAAAUCACCAAACUUUAUGAGUUCAGAUUUCUCAAAACGAAGAGUGCCGGCCGGGCCUUGGGAGCGAACCCAAACAGGUACACUAUUGCGCACGUGGACAGACGCCAGCAAGUGGGAUGAUGAGCCAGUGAAUUUCCCACAACUACCACCGCCAGGCUCCUUCCCUAAAAAGUGAAUCUGUUAAUUAUAAAUUUCUAUUUUCACAUUUGCAUUUGCAUAUGUGUAUUUUAUCAACAAAAAAAAUAAGAAUCAACACAUCACGUUGCCCGUGACCACUUAACUUUAUACUCGCAUCGGAAUUGCGGAGGUCUUGUUACAAGGAAUCACAGUAAAACACUGAAUUAACUAUUCAAGGACCAUGGCGUGCCCGUUGUUUCAACUUUAUGGAUUACAAUAUUAAUCAUCGUGUUUAACAGUAAUAUCUGUAUUCUCAGUCUGAUGUCUGAUAGUAGUCGAUGGCAACCUCAUUGCGCGAUUCCUACAUUAAUGCAUGGAGUGAACUGGUUCAAGGGGAGCUCACAUACCCCCCAGCACUCAUAUAAAAACAGGUACAGAGGCCAGGGCACAAUAGAAGCUGAUUGACUGUCUCUGUUGCUAUUAUACCAAGGCUUUCCUCGCGCCCCAGUGUAUUCACUCACCACUGCUGGCUCUGUCCG